AUGGAAAGUUCCUGCGUUGAUAAAACCCACCCUUUGCGAUGUUGGAUUUGCUAUGAUGAGUUUGAUGGGGUGCGCAGUGCUAAAAGUCCCUGGAGACGACCUUGCAAAUGCUCUUUGAUAGCCCAUGAAAACUGCUUAGUCACGUACGUUACAAGUUCAUCAAACACUAGAUGUCCUCAAUGCCUUAGUGAAUAUAGAAUUGCUCGAUUUAUGAAAAGCAAAAGCUGGUUCUUACAUGCCGUCGGCCUUUGUCAAAAUAUCGAAUCUGGAUUAGCACAGGUCGCACUUGGAACAGGCCUUUGUCUUGGUAUAACUAAGUCUGUGUAUGGAAUAUUCAGAGAGACAGGGCUUUGGGCAUGUCGCCAGGUGGCCGAUGAAAAAUCGAUGCUAUUUGUGAUGCAACGACCAUUGUUUUCGUUGGCCAUUCUUCCAAUUCUUCCUUGCAUGCUCGUGCGGUUUUGUGAAGCACCAUCUUAUGACAUUGGCAUUAGUUUAUUUAUUCAUUGCUCUGUUUAUAUCUGUGUAGAUCGAUUUUCAACUACGCAGAUAUUAUUUUGUGCUUUGCCAUGGAUACGCUCUAUUCACAAAGAGCUAACGAGCUAUCUCAAACAAAAGAUUUUGGUAUAUCCACAGGAAGACGACGAAGAAUCAAAGAAAGACUGGCUCCGAAAACUAGAUCACCAGAUUGAGAACCAAAGCCUUGUGACUGAUGAGGAUGCAGAAGUAAAAGACUCUGAAUUACGGACUUUUUUUUCAGUUGCUCAUAUGUUUUUAGACGUAAUUACAAAUGAACUUCUUCGGGUUCUACGACCAAUUAUCUUAUUUCCUUUAGCAGGAAGAUUUUUGGGACAACUUUUCCCAAAGACCUUAUCGAAGGUGCAGAAAAGUAUUCUGGGUAGUAUUUUUGCCCUGUUUGUGAAAGACAUAUGUAAAUAUACAUAUCUGAGUUGGCGAGCCAAAAAAUCCCGGGAAAUACGAAUUCUGGAUAACCAAAUGGAGGACAAGCAUGGGAAAUAA